UGAAAAUACGGCCCAUAAGAUAGCCCACCAGGCCAAGUGACGAGCUAAGCCCACAACAAAAUUCACACAUCAAAGCGCGAUUUUCGCACCGCAAACCGCAGCUCAAAACGCAGCAGAGGAAGACGAACGAAAAAACGGACGAUGCCUGAAGAGAAGCAACCGGCGAUGACGAAAUGCGAUCGGCUGCAAAGCGCGUUGAUGGAUUGCCACAGGCGGAUUGGGCCGGGUCUGGCUCGCGAGGCGGCGUGCCGGCACUUGAACCGGGGUCUGGCGGAGUGCCUGGUGUCCGUGGCGUGCCCGGAGGAGUGGGAAGCGGUUCGGAGCCUGUGCGGUAGUGGAGGAACGAGUCUGAAGCGGUCGCAGUGCCAAGAGGCUCAGCUCUCGCUCUCAGUCUGCCUCUCCUCUCACCAACACCAACUCAACAACCCAAAUGCAGAAUAGAAGAUAUAUAUUUUUUUUUUUACUUUUUAUUUUGUGAUUGGUUCAUUGGAUUAAGCUCACACAGUAUAUCAAAGUUUGUGUUAAUACAACGUUUUGAAUAAACAAGGUUACAAGUAAAUGUUAAUUGCCUUGUAAUAAUCAAGUGGUUAAAUGAAUUUC